CACUUGUCACGAUACAAAACAUUGCAAAGCAGCUUUACAGCAAACGUAAGUUUCUAUUUGAAAGUUUCUACAUUUUAUUUAGUAGUAGAUUGAUCCACCUGAUCUCAAGUUGAUAUUCAUUCAGUAGAAAUGCACAGUAAAAUCAUGCAGUUAUUUAAAGACAUGUCAUCAAACACACUAUUAACGUCAAUGAUUAUGUUAAAGGUAGAGUAAAAUCCGGUAGGUCUGGAUGUUGUCUGAGACUGUGUCUGUGUGUUGUAUUGUAUUACAGUAUUGGAAGUAUUCAAAGCUCAUUUCAGAUCCGGAGUGGUUUUCUCAGUGCUGCUCUGAAUCAAAGCGUGUCUUUGUGUAGCUGGAGUUGGCGUCGUGGGCGGCUCCAUCAGCAGCAGAUAUAAGAGCGGAUGGAGAUCUGAAGCGGCUCAAAAACCCUGAUCUUCUCUUCCUCGGACAGACGUGAUGCAGGCGCAGGAGUACCUGAUGAGAGGGAAGGAGAUGGUGGAUUUCAUCCAGCAGUAUCUCACACGGAUCCGUGAGCGGCGGGUCGUUCCAGACGUUCAGCCGGGCUUCAUGCGUCCUCUUCUGCCCAGCAGUGCUCCGUAUGAACCAGAGGACUGGAGCAGCAUCAUGAAGGACGUGGAGAACAUCAUCCUGCCCGGGGUGGUUCAUUGGCAGAGUCCUCACAUGCAUGCAUAUUUCCCUGCUCUCACCUCAUGGCCGUCUCUACUGGGAGACAUGCUAGCAGACGCCAUCAACUGCCUCGGCUUCACCUGGGCCUCUAGUCCAGCAUGCACUGAGCUGGAGAUGUGUGUAUUGGACUGGUUGUGUAAAGCGCUCGGGUUGCCAGAUCAUUAUUUACACCAUCAUCCACAGAGCAGCGGAGGAGGAAUCCUGCAGAGUACGGUCAGCGAGUGUACGCUGGUGGCUCUGCUCGCCGCGAGGAAAGACCGGAUCCUGCAGAUGAAGAGUGAGUUCACUCACACCGACACAGACGAGUCCGUUCUGAACGCCAGACUCAUCGCGUACGCCUCGGACCAGGCUCACUCGUCUGUGGAGAAGGCCGGUCUGAUCUCUCUGGUGAAGAUCAGGUUCCUGGAGACGGACGAGGCGUUUUCUCUGCGAGGUGAAACUCUGCAGCGCGCCAUCGAGGAGGACCGCCGGAGAGGAUUCGUUCCUGUGAUGCUGUGUGCGACGCUCGGCUCCACCGGUGUGUGUUCCUUCGAUCGUCUGGAUGAGCUCGGCCCGGUCUGUGUGCGUGAGGGUCUCUGGCUGCACGUGGAUGCGGCGUACGCAGGUUCUGCUCUUCUGUGUCCUGAACUGCGUUACUUUCUCAACGGAAUAGAGUUCGCCGAUUCCUUCGUCUUCAAUCCUUCCAAAUGGAUGAUGGUUCACUUCGACUGUACGGCGUUCUGGGUGAAGAAUAAGAUGAAGCUGCAGCAGACGUUCACCGUCGACCCGCUGUAUCUCAGACACGAGAACUCCGACGCCACAGACUUCAUGCACUGGCAGAUCUCUCUGAGCCGCCGCUUCCGCUCUCUGAAGCUGUGGUUCGUGAUGCGCUCCUUCGGUCUGAAGAACCUGCAGGCUCACAUUCGACACAGCGUGGAGAUGGCGAAGCUGUUCGAGUCUCUGGUCAGAAACGACACAAACUUCCAGAUCCCAGCGCAGCGGCACCUCGGCCUGGUCGUCUUCUGCUUACGAGCUGGAAACGGAGCGACGCAGGAGUUACUGCGCAGACUGACUAAAUCAGGCCAGAUGUUUCUGAUUCCGGCCGCCAUCGGGAACAAACUCAUCAUCCGCUUCGCUGUGACGUCUCAGUUCACGAGCGCUCAGGACGUCCAGAGGGACUGGAGCCUGAUCCGGCAGACGGCCAGAGAAGUGCUGCGCUCCUGCGCUCUCUCACGCCAGUCCAGCGUGCUCUCAGACGAGGAGAACCAGAGCGAGGACGAGCUGAGCCGCAUGCGUCUGGAGCCCAUGAUCGACGAGCGUCUGGUGAGACAGGGCCAGAGACGGGCCACGCGCUCCCUGAGCUGCAGCGCCGAGCUCCCGCCCCAGAGACUGCAGAGAGACGCCCCGCUGGAGCAGAUCCCCGGGCGGCCCGAGCACCGAGCUCAGAAGAGGCUGCUGAAGUUCCACAGCGUCCCCAGUCUGUCUCAGGUGUGGGCCCAGUGCGGCAUGCAGCAGCUCUACCAGCCCUUCAGACGAGGAUGGGUCACCAGCAGAGCCAGCUGCUUCAACUGCUUCCCCCUCGAGACCAGCCCGCUGCCCACCAAAUAACACACACACACACAGAGACACACGCACUCACAGACACUACACACUCACAGACACACACACACACACACACAGAGACACACGCACUCAAGAGACACACACUCAGAGACACUCACAGUCACACACACACACUUAGAGACAGAAUCAUAAACACUCAGGGACACACACACACAUGCAUGCUAAUGAACACUAGCACAUGCACACUUGUACACACUCUUGCAUGUACAUACACACACAUACAUCCUCUCAGACACACACACAGUUUCUCCAGAUCACACACACUACUGAACCUGAGACUAGAGACGUCAGAGAGCCCUGAAUGUGUUUGUAAACACCUCUCAGGAGACGUGAGUGAAUAUCGUAGGUUAACGAAAUGUUGAUUAAUCUGAUGUAGACAAAAAUAAUUAAUGCCUGUGAAGUUAUAAAACAUUUCCAUUUUUUGUUGUUCAUGAUUAUAAUAAAAGCUUCUGGUCUCUGACUGAAAAGACUGAACAUCAGUUCUGUGUGAGAUGAUAGAGAAGAAACAUCAAGAACAUCUUCCUCUUUCUUCAUGUUUAAAUCAAUCCCAUAAUGCACCUGAUGAAGUGAUGGCUGUCCGGAGCUGGGAU